AUGGGGUCUGGAGGUAGCCUGGGUGUUGCUCUCUUCUGCUGGAUGCUGGCUGAAGCAGCAUCUUCCAGCCCCUGGGGUUUCCCUCAGAGGGACUCAGGGGUCUUGAGGGUCCGGGGGGACUCUUCUUGGAGCCGACCCCAUGUGCCUUCCUUCUCUCAGCCCUCUCCUUGGGCAUGGGUGGAUGUCUCCCAGCUCCAGGCUUCUGCCCCUUUGCACCCUGUGACUGUGCAAUGUCAGGAGGCACAGAUGGUAGUCACGGUGCACAGGGACCUCUUUGGCACAGGACGCCUGGUUCAAGCUUUCGCCCUGACCCUGUUCAGUGUGGCCCAGAGCGUUGCUGAGAGCACCGUGACCUUCAUGGCUGGACUGCAUGAGUGUGGCAGCACCCUUCAGAUGACCCCAGAUUCUUUGAUCUACAAAACAAGCUUGUCCUACAAACCUACUCCUUCUGGCAGUCUGGUCAUUGUAAGGACCAACGCAGCUGUGGUUCCUAUUGAAUGCCACUAUCCCAGGAAGAGCAAUGUUAGCAGCAAUGCCAUCCGGCCCACGUGGGCUCCCUUUCGCUCUACCCUGUCAGCAGAGGAGAAGCUGAUGUUCUCCUUACGCCUUAUGAACGAUGACUGGAGUGCCGAGAGACUCUCCAACGGCUUCCAGCUGGGUGAAAGCCUGCACCUCCAAGCUGAUGUUGUUUCUAGGAACCAUGUACCUCUAAGGCUCUUUGUGGAUGACUGUGUUGCUACUCUGAGUCCAGACAGGAACUCCUUUCCCCAGUAUGCCUUGAUUGACCUCAGCGGGUGCUUGGUGGAUGGGAGAUCAGAUGACACCACUUCAGCCUUCAUUUCACCAAGGCCGAGGCCAGAAACACUGCAGUUCAUGCUUGAUGCAUUCAAGUUUGCAGGAGAUAAUAGAAACUUGAUCUACAUCACCUGCCACCUGAAGGUGUCCUCAGCUGACCAGUCCCCAAAUCCAUUGAACAAAGCCUGUUCUUUCAACAAAGCCAGCAGUCUUUGGACUCCUGUGGAGGGCACUGGAGACAUCUGCAGCUGCUGCGAGACUGGAAACUGUCCGUUGUAUGGAGGAUACUCCCGGAGAACCAACUCCCCAGCCAGAUUGUCAGGGAGGCGAUUCAAGAGGGACGUCCCUUCCAAGCAAGGUGGGUCCUCAAGGGCAGCAGAGGCUGAAGUUUUGGUUGGACCAUUAUUAAUCCUUGAUUCACCUCAGGGAUUAUGGAGUUCCUCGGGAGGUCUUGCACAAGCAGGGAAAACCCCCCAUGGUGCUGCUGAAGGACUUCCUAUACUGGUUCAAGCUGGUGUGCUCACAGCGGCCACUGUGUUGAGCUUAACGGCUCUUGGACUGUUUCUUGUCUGCAGAAAGUGUAGCUGCCCUCCUGGAGCAUCACUGUAA